AUGAACGCAGGGGCACAGAGCACUGAGGCACCUGUCCUCCUCUUCCUCCACGCCGAUACCCACCUGCCCGCUGGAGCUUUAGCCGAGCUCCAGGUGGCGCUGUGCGACCCCGAUAUCCAGGGAGGGUGCUUCGAGUUGCGCUUUGACGAGGAGUCGGAGAGUGCUACAUUGCGGUUGUGGAGUUGGCUAACCCGCACGGCCUUCUGCCGGACUCCACGCCUGGUUUUCGGGGAUCGGGGCAUCUUCGUCCGGCGAAAAGCUUUCGAACAGCUGGAAGGCUACAGGGAGUGGCCUCUUUUGGAGGAUGUGGACCUCGCCAGGGCCAUGCGGAUGGCCAAGCUCAACCGUAGAGCUUUCCGUUUCCUCCCGCUGGCCGUGACCACAUCAGCAAGGAACACGUGCAUCAUCGUUGCCUGGUACCUGGGUGCCAGCCCAGCCCGCAUGAAAGAUUGGUACAGGUACUACGCGGCACCUCCAGCGCCCAGAGUGCUCUGA